AUCCAACAUCCGACUUCAACACAAAUAUUACCGCCGAAUGGACACCAGAUUUAUACGACACACUUUACCCAUAUUAUGGAACAAAUUCAGAAAGCAUUUUAUCCAUCGUAAAUUGGAGGAACACUAAGUUUAUCCCAUCCAUCUAUACUGUUGUGUUCCUCGUGGGACUUCCUCUCAAUAUCAUGGCGAUCGUCAUAUUCCUGGUGAAGAUGAAGGUCAGGAAGCCGGCAGUGGUCUACAUGCUCAACCUCGCCACUGCAGAUGUCCUCUUUGUUAGCAUCCUGCCAUUUCUCAUCAUUUACCGAUUUUCUGGAAAUAACUGGCUGAUCGGAGAAGGAAUGUGCCGCUUCGUCAUGGCAGCAUUUUACUGUAACAUGUACUGCUCCAUCCUGUUCAUGACCAGUAUCAGCGUUGACCGGUUCAUAGCGGUAACCUACGCGGUUAGGUCCCUGUCCUGGCGCACAGUAAACCGAGCCUGGUUGGUCUGUGGUGUCAUCUGGGCAAUCUCAUUGGCCAGCACUGUGCCUCUACUUCUAGGAGAACAAACUAUAUUUAUUUAUGAGCUAAAUAUCACAACUUGUUACGACGUGCAGUAUAGUGACGAUUUACGAGGGUUCUACUUUUACUAUUUUACCACUCUUUUAUCUUUGUUAUUUUUCUUACCCUUAACCAUUACAACAUUCUGUUACAUCAGAACCAUCCACAGCCUUGGUACAAUAAAGAUGAAUAAUAUGCGCAGGAGAUUACGAGCCAUCUACUUGACCGUAAUUGUCCUUUCUGUGUUUAUCCUUUGUUUUGGCCCCACCAACGUCCUCCAUUUCUCUUAUUAUCUUCAGAUGUAUUAUUAUGAUGAUGACUCCCUGUAUGAGGCCUACACCCUUUCUUCCACUAUCUGCAGCAUCAGCUGUUGUCUGGAUCCUCUUAUCUAUUAUCUGGCUUCCUCCGAGUGUCAAAGAUACGUCUACAGCUUUCUGGGUUGGAAGAAAGAUUCGCGUCCACCAAGAAGACAACGCUUAGCCCUAACAGACAAUGAGGAAAACACGGAGGUGACCUUUCGGGAAGAGACUUGCUGAAACUCCCAAGCAAAAGUGAUGGGCUGUAGGCCACAAUGAUCCAAUCCAAUUUUAACUGGAUACAAAUCACACAGAGAUCAAUUUUGAUUGGUUGCUUUAGGUUAUUGUACUUUGUGUUUUGCUUUUUGUCCUAUGCAGUGAACUUUUGCAAAGCCUUUAAAAAAUUAUAUGAACUAUUUCAGUGCUUUGGAAUUUAUUGUUAACUAGUAUAUACAGGGUGGGCCAUUUAUAUGGAUACACCUUAAU